AUGAGCCUGGAGUUUGGCCUCAAUGUCUGGCGUUUAGGCAGUUCUCGGUCACCCUGCAGAAGUCGCAGCCCUCCAGGGGGCUUUGGCUUCGCUGGUGGCUCGAGCUCUGCCAGCUUUGCUUUUCGGGAGACCGCUUUGGCACUGGGAAUUCCUUCCGCCUACUUCUGCGUUGUGCGACCCAGAGUCCUCAUGCGCUCCAUCAAGCGUGUGUCGUUAGUUGGAGGCACGCAUGGAAACGAACUGUCGGGCAUCUAUUUGGUUCGCUCACUCCUUCGUCAGCCCUCCUGGCAUGAUUUCCCCUCCUUGGACAUUGAUUGCCUCUUGGCGAACGAGGAGGCGAUCCAGCUGGGCCGCCGCUUCAAAGACUGCGAUUUGAAUCGGUGCUUUUCGAAGUCCAAGCUCCAAGAUCUCCAAGGAGGAGAUGAACGCUAUGAAUCCCGGCGUGCUCAAGAACUCAACCAGCGCAUCGGUCCACGGUUCUCGGCUGAAGCUGCUGAUCUCUGUAUCGAUUUACACAACACAACCAGCAACUUUGGAUGUGGGAUCAUUAUUACCAACACCUCUUCGCCGAACUUACACUGGAAAUUGCAGCUUUGUCACUUCCUUUCCCGCACUUGUCCCAGAGUUCGCAUCGUCUUCGACUGCAUUGGGGACUGCUCUGAAGAGCCCUUCUUGCCACUGGUGGCCAAGAAUGACUUGACCUUCGAGCUGGGGCCUCAAGCACAUGGUACACUCCAAGCAGAGGUGUUUUGGAACCAACGCAAGUUGGUCUUGCAGACGCUAGACUUUCUGGAACGAUUGAACUCUCAAACGCUGUCCGAUGAAGAAAGAUCAGAGAAGACGCUCGAGGUCUACAUCCACACUGGUGUGGUUCACUAUCCCAUGAGGUCUGACGGAAGCCUGGCCGCUUUGAUUGCCGCUGAGCUUCAAGGUCGGGACUUUGAAGCGCUACGACCUGGGGAUCCGGUCUUUCAGGACGUUGAUAAGGGUGAUACCAUCCACUGGGAUGAGCCAGAGUGCUACCCCAUGUUCAUCAAUGAGGCUGCGUAUGUGUCGAGCGGCAUCGCUUUCCAAAAGACGAUGCGAUGCGAGCUCAAGAUUCCGGAGCUCAAAGCUGAUGGCAGCCUCUCCAUCAUCGAACUUCCAUCUCUAAAUUGA